AUGGCAUCCUCCUCCUCCCAUCCCAAAAUCCAACUCGAAUCCAAAGCAGACAUUCGAUUUCUUACCAACGAAUUACGACGUGCAGCUACAACAUCAACAGAGACAAGAGCUACCGAAAUCGUAUGUAAAACUGGAGGAAAUGCUAAGCAAGUAAAGGCUACAAAGCAGGCUGUCAAUGUCAAGGUCGAAAAGUGGAUUGAUGAGGUCUUUGCUCUGGCUUCAAACAAUCUGCAAAUCAAUGGCGUGGAGUACCAUGAAGCGUUUCGACAAGUUCAAGAGUUUGAACCUGAGGAUACCAACCUGCUCGCCCAAACCGAAAAGGCAAGAAUAGACAAGGACAGAGUGCUGGUCAAAGUCGCACAUAUGAGAAAAGAAAUCCCGAAAAAGACUCGUGAUUUGGUGCAAGAUUCAGAGUCUAGACAUUCACGUGUCGCUGUUGAAAAAGUACCGAUUCGUGAUGUUGAAUCGUUGUCAGUGACGGAUACGUUGAUUGCACCAAGAGAGAGAAUUCAAGCAGUACAAGAUGCAGUAAAUUUUAUUGGCCUAGAUCCUUUACUGAAAGAAUAUGAUGAAACCGUACGAAUGGUGGCAGACCUCGUCAAGCCCGAAUCGCUUCCAGCAACUACCAGCAAACUCCUACGAGCAACAAAACUCUUAUCCGUAUGGGAAGCAACAUCGCAAAUACCAGAUCCCUCAGAAUCCAUGAUAAAACAGGAGGGAGACGUGACUCACAGUGCAGGAGGAAUGGUGGGAUUGGAUACUCCAAGAAAAGCUCGAUCUGGAUUAUUAAAGAGGUUGCAAGCUAAUACCCGCACUAAGCCAUACUAG